CAGCUUUUGUGGUUGUAGAACUAAACUGUCAGCGGUUCGCUCACCCUAAUUGUUGCCUUCAGAGAUGAAUGCAUGCAACGCACUGAAUUAAACCCAAGUAAUGUCUUUAUGGAGAAAUAAUGCCUAUGUUGUCAGCAAUCUCAUUUACAAGUGAACAACCGCUUUGCCAUAUGGUUGUCACAAAGUCAUGUUAAGUCAUUUUGCAUCACUUGCACCCAAAAACUCAUUUUGAAGGUUUUUAAUAAAAAAAAAAAAACGUGUCAGUUUUCAAUUGUUUCUGCUCCAAACCACUGCAAAUCCCAGACACUGUAAAAUCAUUUUUAGAUGUUUAUUUGAUAGAAUUAGGUGAUAUAAUUAUUAAAAUGUAAUAAUAUAACACGCACUGUUCAAAAGUAAUGUUGUUAACAUAAGUCUCUUAUGCUCACCAAGUCAGCAUUUAUUUCUUUUAAAAAAAAGUAAAACUGUGAAAUUUCAAUUCAAAUUUAACUUUGUUAAUAUUUUAAAAUGUAACUUGUUCUUAAUGCUGAAGUUUGAGGAGACCUUAUUUGGUCUUAAGUGUCUCAUGAUCUUUCAGAAACCAUUCUGAUAUGCUGAUUUUGGUGCUCAAGAAAUAUUUAGCAAUGUUUGUUUUUUCUGGAUACUUUGAAUAGAAAGUCCAAAAUUCAGCAUUUAUUUGAAAUAGAAGUCUUUUGUAACAUUGGAAAUGUCUUUACUGUCACUUUAUCAAUUGAAUGCGUCCUUGCUAAACAAGUGUUAAUUCUUUUUUUCAAAUGUACUGACUGAGCCCAAACUUUUGAACAUGAAUAUACUGCAUAAAGAUUUGGAAAGCAAGAUUAAAUGGAUACGAGGAAGCAUUGAAGCUCUUCCAGAAGAUAGAAGACGAGAAGAGCCCAGAAUGGGGCAAAUACCUUGGACUUAUCAAGAGAUUUGUAACAGAUUCAAAUGCCGUAGCCCAACUCAAAGGACUGGAGGCAGCACUUGCUUUUAUUGAGAAUGCACACGUGGCUGGCAAGACAACAGGGGAAGUGGUUUCUGGAGUGGUCAGCAAAGUCUUCAACCAGCCCAAAGCACGAGCCAAGGAGCUAGGAGCUGAUAUCUGUCUCAUGUACAUAGAGAUCGAGAAAGCAGAGGUGGUCCAGGAUGAGUUGAUUAAAGGACUGGAUAACAAGAACCCCAAAAUUGUUGUUGCUUGCAUUGAUACGCUAAGGAAAGCACUUUGUGAAUUUGGAUCCAAGAUCAUAACUCUCAAGCCUGUCGUGAAAGUGUUGCCAAAAUUGUUUGAGUCUCGAGAAAAGGCAGUUCGAGAUGAGGCUAAAUUGCUGGCGGUGGAGAUCUAUAGAUGGAUCCGUGAUGCGCUGCGAGCUCCCCUCCAGAAUAUCAACUCUGUACAGUUGAAAGAGUUGGAGGAAGAAUGGGUGAAACUUCCAACCGCAGCUCCUAAGCAGACCAGGUUCUUGCGCUCUCAACAGGACCUCAAGGCCAAGUUUGAACAACAGCAGGCUGCAGGAGGAGAUGAGGCGGACGGAGACGAUGAUGAGGUUGAAGCUGCUCCAGUGGAUCCUUAUGAGCUUUUGGAAGCUGUCGAGAUCCUUUCUAAACUUCCUAAAGACUUUUAUGAGAAAAUUGAAGCAAAAAAAUGGCAGGAGAGGAAGGAAGCAUUGGAGGCAGUGGAGGCUUUGACUAAGAACCCAAAACUAGAGAACGGAGACUAUGGGGACCUGGUUCGAGCUCUAAAAAAGGUUAUUGGGAAAGAUGCCAAUGUGAUGCUAGUGGCCAUGGCAGCCAAAUGCUUGGCUAGUCUGGCAGCAGGACUGAGGAAGAAGUUUGGGACAUAUGCAGGUCAUGUGGUGCCAACCAUCUUGGAGAAGUUCAAGGAGAAGAAACCUCAGGUGGUUCAGGCCUUGCAGGAGGCCAUUGAUGCAGUCUUCCUUACUACAACCUUGCAAAACAUCAGUGAGGAUGUUCUGUCAGUGAUGGACAACAAGAACCCGUCCAUCAAGCAACAGGCUUCACUGUUCCUCGCCAGAAGCUUUCGUCACUGUACCCCAAGCACGUUGCCAAAAAGCGUUCUGAAGCCCUUCUGUGCAGCGUUCCUCAAGCAAGUGAAUGAUUCUGCUCCGGAGGUUAGAGAUGCUGCUUUUGAGGCUUUGGGGACGGCCAUGAAGGUAGUAGGGGAGAAAGCAGUUAACCCAUUCCUGACUGAUAUUGACAAACUCAAGUUGGACAAGAUAAAAGAAUGUGCUGAUAAAGUGGAGCUUGUUGGAAAGAAAGGAGGAGGUGGAGGAGAGAAGAAAGAGAAACCUGCUGCAAAAGCACCUCCACCUGUUGAAGCACCUGCCAAAACAUCCGGGCCUCUUAAGAAAGCUGCUCCUGCAAAGGCUGCAGGAGCUCCCAAGAAGGGAAAACCUGCCUCUGCCCCAAGUGCGAAGUCCAAGAAAGCUUCAGACACAAAGGAGAUUGUUGAGACUGAGUUAUCUACUGAAGUUUGUGAGGAGAAGGCUGCCGCUGUGCUCCCAGCCUCCUGUAUGCAGCUGCUGGACAGCGGUAACUGGAAGGAGAGACUUGCUAGCAUGGAAGAGUUUCAGAGGGCUGUGGAGCAGAUGGACAAAUCUGAAAUGCCGUGCCAGGCUUUAGUCAAGAUGCUGGCUAAGAAACCUGGAUGGAAAGAGACCAACUUUCAGGUCAUGCAAAUGAAGCUCCACAUUGUGGGUUUAAUCGCACAAAAGGGAUCGUUCUCAAAGACAUCGGCAUUGGUGGUUCUGGAUGGUCUGGUUGAUAAGAUUGGAGAUGUGAAGUGUGGAAGUAACUCUAAAGAGGCUCUCACUGCAAUCGGGGAGGCCUGUUCUCUGCCGUGGAUUGCUGAGCAGGUUGUCUCGAUGGCUUUCACUCAGAAAAACCCCAAAAACCAAGCAGAGACGUUGAAUUGGUUGGCCAAUGCCAUGAAGGAGUUUGGAUUUGCAGGAAUAAAUGUCAAGGCGUUCAUCAACAAUGUCAAAACUGCUCUGGGUGCCACAAAUCCUGCUGUGAGGACAUCAGCGAUCACUCUGUUGGGAGUCAUGUAUCUGUACAUGGGCGCUCCUCUGCGCAUGUUCUUUGAAGACGAAAAACCAGCCCUCCUUUCACAAAUUGAUGCUGAGUUUGAAAAGAUGCAGGGUCAGUCUCCUCCCGCCCCCAUCCGUGGCACCAAAAAAACAGUAGCAGAAGAAGGAGAUGCUGCUGAAGAAGAGGAGGUGGACGGUGGAGCUGGAGCUGGAGACAUUAUGGACUUGCUUCCCAGAACUGAUAUCAGUGAUAAAAUCACGUCGGACAUGGUGUCAAAGAUCAGCGACAAGAACUGGAAGAUAAGGAAGGAGGGGCUUGAUGAGGUGGCAGCAGUCAUUUCUGAGGCCAAAUUCAUCCAGGCCAACAUCGGCGAGCUGCCGAUGGCACUGAAGGAUCGUCUCAAUGAUUCCAACAAACUACUAGUCCAGCAGACUCUCAAUAUUCUACAGCAGAUAGCCACUGCCAUGGGUCCAUCUCUCAAGCAACAUGUAAGGAACCUGGGAAUUCCAGUUAUUACUGUUCUUGGAGACAGCAAGUCCAACGUCCGUGCUGCUGCCUUGUCAACGCUGAACGCAUGGGUGGAGCAGACUGGAAUGAAGGAGUGGCUUGAAGGAGAGGACCUAUCAGAAGAGCUCAAGAAGGAAAACCCCUUCCUCAGACAGGAAAUGCUGGGCUGGCUUGCUGAGAAGCUGCCCACACUGCAUACGGUGCCCGCGGACCUCAUGCAGUGCGUGCCUCCCCUGUAUGCCUGCCUGGAGGACCGCAGUGGCGAUGUGCGCAAGAAAGCUCAGGAUGCGCUUCCCACCUUCAUGAUGCACCUGGGCUAUGAGAAGAUGACCAAGGCUACCGGAAAACUAAAGCCGGCCUCAAAGGACCAGGUGGUUGGCAUGCUGGAGAAGGCCAGGGCCGUGAUGCCAGCCAAGCCUGCAGCUCCUGCCAAAGCUGCAGCUUCCAAAACUCCCGCCUCCAGCACCCCUGCUUCCAAACCAGCCUCAGCUCCAGCCAGGAACCAAAGUCCCAGUGAAGAUUUCAGUGAACCAGAACCCAAACCAGACACUAAGAAAGCUAAACCAGCAGGUCCUGCAGCUAAAAAGAGAGGGAGCAUGGAGCUCAAAGUGAAAGGAGAGAAAGAUAAUUCUAAACAAAACAGGCUCUCAAGAGGGACGCCUAGCAGUGAACAGGGUGUUGUGGGUAAGAAACCUCCAGUUAAGGCUGCUGCAAAGGAUGAGGAGGACAAAUCUGGCCCCAUCUUCAUCCUCGUUCCCAACGGCAAAGAGCAGAGGAUCAAGGAAGAGAAGACAUUGAAGAUUCUCAAGUGGAACUUCAUCACUCCUCGUGACGAGUAUGUGGAGCAGCUGAAAACUCAAAUGUCCACAUGUCUGGCCAAGUGGCUGCAAGACGAACUUUUCCACUUUGACUUUCAGCGCCAUGUAAAAGCUAUUGGAGCCAUGAUCGAGCACAUGGAGGCCGAGUGUGAGGCUGCGAUUGGCUGUCUAGAUCUGAUAUUGAAGUGGUUCACCUUGCGAUUCUUUGACACAAACACCAGUGUGCUGAUGAAAGCCCUGGAGUUCCUCAAGCUGCUCUUCACCAUGCUGAGCAGGAAGAACUACCAGCUCAAUGACUACGAGGCCUCAUCUUUCGUCCCCUAUCUGAUCCUCAAGGUUGGCGAGUCAAAGGAUGUGGUGCGUAAAGAUGUCAGAGCUAUUCUGACAAUGCUGUGUAAAGUCUACGCGGCCAGUAAAGUCUUCCCUUUCCUUAUGGAAGGGACCAAAUCAAAGAACUCAAAGCAGAGAUCUGAAUGUCUCGAGGAACUCGGCUGCCUGAUUGAGAACUUCAGUAUGAAUGUGUGCCAGCCGACUCCAGGCAAGGCUCUUAAAGAAAUCGCCGUUCACAUCGGAGACCGUGACACCGCGGUCCGCAACGCUGCGCUCAAUACAGUUGUGGCUGCCUACAACGCCUGUGGAGACCAAGUCUUUAAACUCAUUGGCAAUCUGUCUGAGAAAGAAAUGAGCAUGCUAGAGGAGAGGAUCAAACGUUCGGCUAAGAAGACACCUGCAGCAUCAGCCAAACAGGAGCGACCUCCGAGAGAGCAUCCCACCAAUCCCAAUGCAACCUUCCUGCGCAAGCCUGCUCAAGAGGAAGUGCCCAACAAGCUCAGAAUAAUGUAUCGCACUUAUAGGAUUCAAGCUCGGGCGCAGAACGCUCACUUGGAGCAGUCAACUCCGUCCAUCCCGAAGGAGUUUCAGCUGGAUCUGGACGUGUUCGAGAACAACCACACGUGUGCCAGCGACAUCCCUGACCUGGUGCAGCACAAACUGGAUGAAGUUCUGGAGCCAGUCAUGAUUCCUGAGCGCAAGAUGCGUUCGGUCUCUCCUCAUUUUGACGACAUUCACAACAGCACUGCCUCCACCAUCAACUUUGUUAUCUCUCAGGUGGCCAGUGGGGACAUUAACACCAGUAUCCAAGCCUUGGCACAGAUUGACGAAGUCCUGAGGCAGGCAGACAAAGCAGAAGCCAUGUCUGGACACAUCGACCAGUUCCUCAUCGCUACCUUCAUGCAGCUGCGGCUCAUUUACAACACACACAUGGCCGACGAUCGGCUGGACAAGAAGGAUAUCUUCAAACUCUACAGCUGCAUCAUAGGAAACAUGCUUUCUCUGUUCUCGAUGGAGAGUCUGGCACGGGAGGCCUCCAUGGGCGUCCUGAAGGACCUAAUGCACGGUCUGAUCACGCUGAUGUUGGACUCCAGAGUGGAGGACAUCGAGGAUGGACAGCAGCUCAUUCGCUCCGUCAACCUGCUUGUGGUUCGAGUGCUAGAAAAAUCUGACCAGACCAACAUCCUGAGUGCUUUGCUGGUGCUGCUGCAGGACAGUCUUAUCAGCACUGCCGGCUCCCCCAUGUUCUCCGAACUUGUCAUGAAGUGUCUAUGGAGAAUGAUCCGUUUCCUGCCACAGACCAUCAAUAGUAUUAAUCUGGACCGCAUCCUGCUGGAUGUGCACAACUUCAUGAAGGUUUUCCCUAAAGAGAAGCUCAAACAGCUGAAGAGUGACGUUCCCCACCGGACGUUGAAGACGCUACUUCACACGCUCUGCAGGCUCACCGGUGCCAAGAUAUUAGAUCACAUGUCCAUGAUUGAGAACCGCAACGAGUCGGAACUGGAGGCGCAUCUGAGGCGGGUGGUCAAGCAUUCAGCAAACCUCUCCGGACUCAAGACUGACAAGAACACAGAGAAGGGCGCCCUCAGAUCGGAUGACAAACUGAUCAAGGCCAAAGUGAGCGACAUCCUGUCUGAGAUCUUCAAAAAGAUUGGCUCAAAGGAGAAUACUAAAGAGGGUCUGACGGAGCUGUAUGAAUACAAGCAGAAGUACUCUGACGCAGACCUCGAGCCCUUCUUGAGGAACACGUCCCAAUUUUUCCAGAGUUAUGUGGAGCGAGGACUUCGCAUGAUUGAGUCAGAGCGUGAAGGAAAAGGCCGAAUUCAGACCUCCACAGUAAUCCCUCAGCAUAGCACAGAGUCAUAUUUGCCGAGCUCCAGCACCGUGCCCAUCAGCAGUAACGGAGAAGAUAUGAACGCCGCCGCCUACUACGAGAGACUGAAGAUAUUACGGCAACGGCGCGGCCUUGAGAACUCAACGCCGGAGGAAGAGCGCCCUCCACUCAGCUCCCUGAGACCAUCGGUGGCCUCCUCCACAGAUAUGCUCCACAGCAAACUGUCCCAGCUGAAGGAGUCCCGCGAGCACUUCCAGCAGGAGCAGUCACACUCCCACAGCCCCACCCGCUCCUCCUCCCCCGCCUCCAACCUCGACGACCUCAAAAAGAGGCUUGAGAGGAUAAAGAGCAACCGCCAGUAGAUCAGCGCCUCGCCUUCAUCCUACGCUAAUGCACUAGAUAGUCAGCCGACUUCCCCAAACUCCACCAUCCCAACGUUUUUCAGGAUAAAUGCGUGCAUAGAUAACGGUUAUGUGAAAUAGGAUGAAAAAAUAAAUAACUUGGUCUGUCUACAUUGUAUAAUAUGAAGUAAACAUUUUCUGUAUGUUAGUAUUGUGCACAGUUGUUUUUGUACAUACAGUGGCUAACCACACCAGGCUUUUAUGUGUCAUUUAGGGUUUUCCGUGUACAGUUUUCCUGUGCAGAAUGCUGUAAUAUGUGUAACUGAUGCUUUUUUUUUUUAAUAAGACAUUUUAGAGAAAUCUAAAUUUAAUGUCGCUUUCACUUGGUCUCAACUUCUAUCUGUUCAACACCGUUUGCCAUUUUUGCUGUUUUCUUUCUGCCUUUACUUUCUCUCUCUAUUCCAAGCAUCUCUGAAGCUCUCAUAACUUUGGAAGAAUUGAUUCCUUUCUUUUAAGGAGCAUGGCAUGAAGUACUGGAUCUUUCUUUUUAUGUAAAUAAAGUUUGCAUUACUAAA